GUACAGUACUUAGUCUUAACUAGAUGUAUAAAGCGCUUCUAGGGAAUUAGCGUGAGGCCAUUCACGCUCUGACCAGUCAGUCGCCAUGUUGGCCCUGCUGCCUGUUCCUCCCACCUGGGUACUGCUUGUAGGACUGUUCACGGUUUUGUUCUACCUGUUUCUGGUGUGGCCAUUCUCCACCUUCAAGAAGCUGGGAAUUCCCGGUCCGAAGCCGAUUCCCUUGUUUGGAAACUACCUGGAUUAUUUGAAGGGAACGAAUCUCUUCGACCAGGAAUGCUACAACAAGUACAACAAAGUCUGGGGGAUUUUCGAAGCCCAGACGCCCAUACUAAUGGCUGGCGACCUAAAGCUUGUCAAAGAGAUCACAGUGAAAAGGACCAACAUUUUCCAGAACCGACGGGAUUUGGGAGGGCGAGGUGAGAUUUUCAGUGCCAGCAUGGCUGCGCUCAAGGACGCUGACUGGAAACGGGUCCGUGGUGCCAUCUCCCCCACCUUCAGCACAGGCAAACUCAAACAGAUGUCACCACAUGUUGAGAAAUGCGCGAACGACUUUGUAUCCAAACUGGCUGAGAACGAGAAAGAAGGGACAAUGUUUGACAUGAAGUGGAUUUCUGGUGGCUAUGCCCUGGACGUCAUCUCCAGUACAGCUUUCGGCGUGCAGGUGGACUCCCUGAACAACCCUGACCACCCUCUGGUCACCAGCGCCAAAACGCUGUUCGUCUUCAACUUCUUCAAUCCCCUGAUCCUAAUCGUGUUCCUGUUCCCUCAGCUCGCCUGGCUGCUGGAGGUCUGCGGAGUCAGCUUCAUGAACCGGAAGUCCAUCAAUUACUUCAGCGAGGCUGUCGACAACGCCAUCAGCAUGAGGAAGGCUAAACAAGCCGACGGAGCUUCGGACGAAGCGAGACCUCCAGACUUCCUUCAGUUGAUGAUCGAGGCUCACAAUGCGGAACUGGACAAUGGAGUAUCCAAGGAUACCUUUAAAUAUGGUGUUUCCAAGAGAGAGAUCAAGGGAAACGCCGUGCUGUUCUGGGUAGCCGGGUACGAGAGCUCGUCCAACAUCCUGUCACUCACAGCCUACAACCUGGCCCUGCACCAGGACGUGCAGGACAAAGCUAUCGAGGAACUGGACGCUGUCAUUAGGAAACAUGGGAAGCUUGACUACAAGGCUGUCCAUGAGCUUCCCUACAUGGAGAUGUGCAUCAACGAGACCCUGAGGCUGUACCCUACAGCCUUAAGAAUUGAUCGCGUCUGCACGGAGGAUGUUGACAUCCAUGGAGUCCACAUCCCGGCGGGCAUGCUCUGCUUUGUCCCCGUCUGGACCAUCCACCACGACCCCGACAUCUGGCCGGAACCAGAGAAGUUCAGGCCUGAGAGGUUCUCUAAGGAAGAGGUGGAAGCACGUGACCCGUACGCCUAUCUCCCAUGGGGCUCCGGGCCCAGGAACUGCGCGGGCAUGCGCAUUGCCCAGUUGGAGCUCCGGUUUGCAAUGGCCAAAGCUCUGGAGAAGUUCCGCUUCUUCCCCUGCGAAAAGACUGAGAUUCCCGUCCGCUUCAAGAACUCCUUCAUCCAUCAGGUAGACGGUGGAGUCUGGCUGCGGGUGGAGGCGCGCACACACGAUGCCUAGGUUGUUAGGCCACCGUAUAGAUACUUCAAGUCCGUAUGAGGUCCGUAUGGAAUUCUUAGCCUUUCAGGCUCA